CUAACCUCGUUUUUUCUUUUCUAAUUAUUGUAACGUUUACAUUGUUUUCUGUUAUUGUCGUUCCCAUUAAUUUCUUAUACAAACUUUACACCCAAGCUUUCCUUUCUUUAAAACUUCACACAUCCCAAAUUCAUAUCUCUUUCAAUUCUGUCGUUAAAUCAGCAGGAAGUACUAGCUUGUUCUCUUCCUCCAUUUAUUAGUUGGCACCAACCAGCUUGACAGGUGUUCCACUCGGACUGACUUAAAUAUUAGUAUACUGUGGUAAUUUAGUUAUUAAUUGUAACAGAACAUCGUCCGUUGGUAGAAAACUUUUCUUUUCCCGUCUUGCUGCUGAAAGCUCAUUCGUUUGUUGACAUUUUGUCUCGAUUUACGUUAAGCUCGUUUAGGGGCAUAUUUAUCUACUUUAGGUAAUUUAAAAGGAUGCAAUGCUGGUUGCGAGAACAACCAAGGGCUCUUGCGUUGACAAACCAGUGUAAUGUGCUGCUUUUCCAUUCUGUACCCAAAAAACAGAACCUGACUGCGGCGGUUGCACUAGCAGAGUAUCUUCCGCAGAAGGAACACACACUCGAUGGUUUUAGAAAACUCACUAGCCGUCCGCUUUAUGGCACACUCGGUCUGAUCGACUUUGACGGUGCCAUCUUCUUAUGUGUUAUAAGCGGCGUUUCAGAAGUUGCUCGCGUCCGAGAGGGCGAAAGCGUGCGCAAAAUUAUGGACGUAGGCUUCUAUUGCCUGAACAAGUCUGAUUGGGAUCAUGUUCGACAAGAAAGUUACACACUCGAUACUCCUGAAAAUUAUGAAAAUGAGUCAAUGUAUGAGUCCGCUCAUUCCGCCUCUACUCCUUACUCGAGUUUACGAAAGCUUUUGACAGAUGGGACAUUUUAUUUCUCCCAGUCCUUUGAUUUGACAUCAAAAAUGCAGUUGAGAGCAUCACAGUCAACGACAGAUCCAGUUUAUGACUCUAUGCAUGAGCAAUUCAUGUGGAAUAAGUUCAUGUUAGAGCAAUUGCUUCGAUUUAGAGCUCAUCUGAACUCGGAAGAGCGUACUUCGUUUGAUAAAAGUUGCUUUCUUACUUGCAUUAUUCGCGGUUAUGCCUCCACUGCCAAUAUCAAUCUUGGCUUUCAAGUGGUAAACUUGACCCUUAUUUCUCGACUGUCUUCCCUUCGUGCCGGAACACGAUUCCUUGCGCGUGGUAUUGACGAUGAUGGUAACGUUGCCAAUUUUGUCGAGACAGAGACAAUAAUAACGAGCAAGAACUGGUGUGCAAGUUUCGUUCAACUACGUGGAAGCAUUCCCAUUUUCUGGGAACAGGAGGGCAUGCAAAUGUUUGGCCAAAAGAUCGACAUUACUCGACCCGUGGAAGCAACGACGGUGGCUUUCGAAAAACAUGUGUCGGACAUCAUUGAAGAGUAUGGUCCCUUGCACAUAGUUAACCUUCUCGGAACGCCGUCGGGUGAACGUAGCUUAACUGAGCGUUUACGUUUGCAUGUUGAGCUUUCCCGUGAAAAACCCUUAAUUCAUCUCACUGAGUUCGAUUAUCAUUCACAAGUAAAGUCAUUUGAACAUGCAAACAAGAUUCGCCCUCUUGUAUUUGAGGAUGCCGCCGCAUUUGGAUUUUAUUUCGAAGAUGCUAACCAUAAUACUCUUAAAACGCAAGAUGGUGUUUUUCGAACAAAUUGUCUAGACUGUUUGGACAGAACCAAUGUAAUUCAGAACAUUCUGUCUAGAAUUAUUCUUGAAAAUAUUCUUGUUAUGGCUCGCCAAAAUGCUGGAUCGGAAAUGUGGCAGAUUCAUUCUACAAUAUGGGCCAACAAUGGUGACGCGCUUUCGCGUAUCUAUACCGGAACCGGUGCUCUUAAAUCAAGCUUUACUAGAAAGGGAAAGCUGAGUUUGGCAGGUGCUCUAAAUGACUUGUCAAAGAGUGUUGGCCGUAUGUACAUCAACAACUUUCAGGAUAAGGGUCGGCAAGAAACUAUCGAUACGUUGCUUGGAAAAAUUGUCAACCAGCAUCCAGUUAUUCUUUAUGACCCAAUUCAUGAAUAUGUGAAUUCUGCGUUGCAAAAGCAUGCAAACGAGUUCUCUUCGCAAAAAGAGAUUCACGUCUUUGUCGGUUCAUACAAUCUUAACGGUUGCACUGCUACGAGUAAACUAGAGCCGUGGCUGUUCCCAAACAACGAGCCUAUGGCCGAUAUUUACGUUAUUGGUUUCCAAGAAAUCGUUGAACUUACACCUCAACAAGUUAUCAGUGCAGAUCCAGCGAAACGUGUGGAAUGGGAGAAAUGUGUACAGGACGUGCUCGACAGCCAUGCAGAAGAAGGCGAAAAGUAUGUGCUUGUACGUUCUGGCCAGUUAGUUGGAACUGCUCUACUUUUCUUUGCUAAAGAAAAACAUCUGAACAGCAUCCGAAACUUGGAAGGGACUGUUAAGAAAACUGGUCUGGGAGGCGUUUCUGGCAACAAAGGUGCCGUCGCAAUUCGUUUUGAUUUCGAUGAUACUGCUAUAUGUUUCGUAACCUCUCAUCUCGCAGCCGGUUACACCAAUUACGACGAAAGAAACCAUGAUUAUCAUACUAUCUCACAUGGACUUCGAUUCAAACGUGGACGUUCGAUUUUCAACCAUGACUAUGUUCUUUGGUUUGGUGACUUUAAUUAUCGGAUAUCUCUUACCUACGAGGAAGUUGUUCAGUGUAUUCAACAAGGAAAGCUCGAGUAUCUUUUCGACAGUGACCAAUUGAACACGCAAAUGCUCAUGGGUGCUGUGUUCCCUUUCUUUUCAGAACAAACCAUUACAUUCCCACCAACGUACAAAUUUGACAUUCAAAGCGACACUUAUGAUACGUCUGACAAACACAGAGUACCUGCUUGGACAGACCGUAUCCUGUUCCGAGGAGAGGUGAUUCCCGAGACGUACGGAUGCUGUCCCCUUUAUGCCUCAGAUCAUCGACCUAUUUACGGUACAUUCAGAAUGAAAAUUACAAAAACGGAUAAGGCGAAGAAAAAGAAAAUGUUCAAUGACUUUUACACCUCUAGAAAACAAGCUAUUCAUGAGAAUGAUCGUACUUCGCUGAACUUAAUUGACCUUGGUAUGCCGGUUUCAGCCGAGAGACGCUCUUAUCACAAUACACAAAGCCUAGACAAGCUCAAGAAACCAAGUAAUGAGAAGGGAAAAUGGUGGCUUGAUGACGGGUUUUCGGCAAAGUCGCAUGUAAAAGCUCCCAAAUCGGGUUAUGUUUUAAACCCUUCUCGUGCUGAUAAUCCUUUUGAACAGUCAACAAUUCCAGAAUGGAUUGAUCCGAAAAAUCCAGAAACACAAAAGCCCGUUGCACCGAAUCCAUCCUUCGCUUUGCCUCGCAAACCACUAAAGCCAUCGAAGCCGGACUAUCUUAGUGCUGCACCGAUUAAGCCAAUCCUUCCUCUUCGACCUCAACGAAGUGAUUCACCAUUUCUUCAACAAGCCAACUCCACUCCGAAUAAUCCGUCUCGUGCCACAAGUGUCCUGUCUACAGGAAGCUCAGAUCUUCUGGAGACGUCUCCAGAACAAGACAACAUCCCUUGGAAGCCGCUAUUUUAAUUCAACACCCCAUACAAGGUGAAAGUUAUAUUAUAAUGUCCAUUUUUGGGAUUUUAUGUCAUUGCUGUGAAAGGUCUGAGCCAAAGAAUGCUCGGUUCUUUUCGGAAACUUGGAUGAUCUACUACUAGACAAAAAAGCCGUUACACCGAUGAAGGUACAACCUUUAACAAUUUUGAUGAGCCGCAAUUAUUGGUAUUAUCAUAAUGAAAGCCCCAAGUUUAGUUGGAGAAUUUACGCAUCAACUUGGCAAUAAUGUGCAGAGCGAAGACACUGCCAAUGAAACCAACACUGAGAACCAUGACGACAACGGGGUCACUGAAUGUUAGCUUUAAUCUUUAACAAUGAACAUAGAAUAUCAUAUCGAACGUACACCUUGAAACCAGAAGUUUCAUCUGUAUACAGCUUCAACAUAGUAGGGGUCGAG